GAGACUUCCGCAGUGAGUGUUUCAACAUGGCGGACGCAAACGAGAAGAUUCUGGCAGAAUUGGUGAAAUUACCGGGAAAUAACACUUGUGCUGACUGCGGAGCGAAGAAUCCAGAAUGGGCAUCGUACAACAUAGGUAUAUUUGUGUGCACGCGAUGUGCAGGUGUACAUCGUUCGAUGGGGGCUCAUAUUUCCAAGGUGAAACACUUGAAGUUAGAUAGGUGGGAGGAUUCACAGGUAAAUCGAGUACGCGAAGUUGGCAACAUUGCGGCACGACUCUACUACGAGGAGCGAGUACCUUCCUGUUAUCGAAAGCCGAAUCAAGACGCUCCUCAAGUAUUAGUAGAGCAGUGGAUAAGAGCAAAGUACCAGAGAGAAGAGUUUUGUUAUCCCGAGCGGCAAAACCAUUAUGUAUCAGGAUACAUGGAAGGAUUUCUUAUGAAAAGGGGCAAAGAAGAUCCCCGCUAUCAACCUCGAAAAUUUGUCCUAUGCGAAGCCGAUGACACGCUUAAGUACCACGUUAAGGAAAAUAAGGAACCUAAAGCGAUAUUGAGGAUAUCUGAGAUAAAUGUGGCAUUUGCACCGGCGAAAACUGGCAAUCAGAACAGUUUACAAAUUUCCUUCGUAAAGGAUGGCUCGACAAGGCACAUCUACGUUUACCACGAAGAUCCAGAAGUAAUAACAAAUUGGUACCUAGCAAUAAGAUGCGCCAAACUGCACAGACUCCAAGUAGCUUAUCCAGGAGCAACCGAGUCGGAGUUGUUGUCACAACUUACGAUAGACUUUCCUCGGGAGGGAUUCUUAUGGAAAACUGGACCAAGGCAUUCCGACGCAUAUAAGAAGAGAUGGUUUACUUUGGACGGACGAAAGCUCAUGUACCAUGAUGAUCCUAUGGACGCUCAUCCAAAGGGAGAAAUCUUCUUGGGAUACAGCUACGAGGGUUUCGCGGUGAAACUUGGAGUCCCACCCGGGGCGAGGGAUCAGGGUUUCUCCUUUACCUUGGAAACCCCUGAGAGAAAUUUCCUUCUCUCGGCGCAAAGUGACGACGACAGGGCUCAAUGGAUGAACGUCAUCCAGAAAGUAAUAGACAGACCUCUCACGCCGCAGGACAUUUCUGUAGCUGCGAGACUCGUCAGGAAACGCACAGCAAGCGGAACCAUGAACAUAUUCUCAUCGGCGAGGUAGGGCUGGAUUCCCCUUAGGCGCCUAUCGUGAUUUCUGUCGAUGUUCGUCGAUUAGACGAAUGGAAUCGAGAACACCGACGUGGGAAGUAACAUCGACGGGAUCGGAAGUCGGUCCCGUCAACAGUGCUGGACACUGAGAGUCGGCCCACCUUGCCAAAGGCCCAAGUGAUGGAUCUUCUAGGUAAGUACGGACGUUACCCUCGACCCGUACCUAAUAAUGUCUCGAAGCCGAGCCACGUCGCGCUGAAUCCUGCGUCCCAAGAUGGCGCAGCUUGACUUCUCUCUUCGGAAGAGAUCGACGCAAAUUCAAGCGAGCUCCAUCGGUACGACUUCCUCUCCAAAGAUAUUAUCAACUCGAUGAGCCGUUUCCUCGAGACGGGGGAACGCGUCCAUGCCAACGAAGUCAGUGGUACAUACAAGAAACGAUUCCCGAUUGUUUCGGAGAUGCGAGUCGCGAAGACACGAACUCGAGCAAGACUGGCAGCCGUUUGAGACUCAACGGAAAUCUGUGCAGAAAUCGCUAGAUCGAAAGAUGGCUUUAUGGGACUCUGUCUUUGCGAGGAACAUUCAGAAAUACUAUCUCUACGCUUAUCAAAUCGCUAUCCCGAAGUCUUGCCUCGAAGCGCCGCCCCACAGUGAUUUGGGAACGGGGAAACGAUACUUUUCUAGCCGAGAGAUUGAGAAGAACUAUUUUUAUAUCUACAUCUGACUUCGUUGCUUAAACCCGAGCCGAUGGAGAAUACUUUCGUGUAAGCAAUAAGCAUAGCUGGCGCGCUAGCGGGACGAGACAUAUCACGAGAUGGCGAGCCGGGAGGAUUUAGGCGGUACUUCCUUGAUAGACGUUGAAACGAGUGCUCGACGAGGGGCUCAGUUUGCUUCGAGGGCGCGGGUCCUCGAGAUACUUUUCACCGGUCUCCACCAAACCUGAUGCCAUCCAUCAUAAAGUUUCACCGCGUCUCGAGGCGUGCCAACGAGUGGUCGGCCAGCAAUCUCUGCUUCUAAUCCUCGAGGUAGCUUUGGCCGGUAUCUACCGACACAUGUAACACGCGCUCCCGUUAUACAGAAGCACAGUGGUGACGUUUGUAUUUAUGUAUAUAAUUAUGCGGAUAUAUAUAUAUUAUAUAUACAUAUGUAUGAAUAUAUAUAGAGAGAGAGAGAGAUUUUUAAACGAGGCCUACGGACACGCCGGCCGAUCCGGCCGACGUGGUCGAAUAUUAUAAAUGCUAGUAAUGAAACGAGCCCUGGCGUUGGCGAUUGCUUACCGCGCAGUUUCAGAUUACUCGACUGAUCUAUUCUAAAGAUAUGUACAAUCGAGUGUACACGUUACUAUAUAUAUUACUACUAUUAAUAAUUAUUCAUUACGGUAAGGAUCAUUGUUUUGUAUAACGCUGUCGGUCAGUUUCGCGCGGACGUCUUGUCCGCGAGAGGAGCGAGGGCGGACGGUGCUCUCGUCGCCGUUUCGCGAGGAUCGAUUACGCCACUCCCUCCUCGUGGUAGGGAUCGAUUAAAUUAUUUCUAUGGACCCUUGUACAAAGCGGAGGAAUAGUAGUUUCGAGGGCCGCGGGGAUCCUGCGGCCGUUUUCAAGUAUUUCCCCGGACGACUGAGAAAUGCUUAGCGAUCGGUUAUAAGGACAGUUUAGCGUAGGGGGCGAAUCGAGAGACUUACUUUUCUCGGCCGUAUUUUAGCAGAUUUCAACCUGGGAUCGAAUAGCGUUUUUAAACUUUAGGGCCGAUGCACGCUCCGAUGUUGAUGGUCAGGUCUAUACAUCUGGCGAUCGAUGCGCUCUGCACUGGGAAAUGUCCGAUCACCUACUUAGAUUAUUGCGUUCGAAUUGUACUCUAAGGGCCCCGACUCAAUUGUAUCGUUUCUUCUAUUUUUUUUUUCUUCUUGCUUCUCUUUUGUUCUCUCGGAUUGACGAUCGCUUAGGGAAAGAGUUUUCCAAAUGACCGCGUUUCUUGCGAUUUUUCUUUUUUGUUUUUAUUCCCUGAGAAGUCGAGUUUGGCGGCUCCGGUUUCGGUCGCCGGUCGAUUUUAUCCUCGACAAGGCUUUGGAAGAAGAAGAUAUGAUUGCUUAAUGUUUACGACGGUUUGGAACUUUCUUUUUCUUUUUCGAGGAGUCUCAAGCGUUACCGUGCAAUCCGAUUCCAUGAUGUAGAACGAACGAUGCGAUUUCUUGGGAUGUUCGAGCUCGAUCGUCCGACCCUUUGCCUUGAGAUUCCUUUUUAUUCGCGAUGAACUUUCUAACGUUUAACGGGCAAAGGGUUAUUGGUGGAUCUCGAAUGAGUUAAGACUGCAUGCUCUUUCGGUAGACGUGGAGGUUGGUUCGUCGAUUCUUUGUAAGCGGACGACUUCGUCGUUUACUGGCGUCCGGGAAGAAUCCAGUACAUGAUCUACAAAGUGUAUGUAUCGACUUUUAUAUGAAUAUAGCGCAGUAGAUUUAUUACUACCA